UCCCGCUGUGCAUGGCCAAAUUUUUUGACACCUCAUGAGGCGCACGGGUAAUGAGGGAGCGAUAAGGGCAGCACGUUCAGCCUUGACAGCCUAUAAAGGGGUCGUGUAUCAUGAGGCCCAAUAUCAAAAUGCCCUCCUUACGCAUGUACAACUUCGGCACACUCUUCGUCGUCCUAUGCGCGGCCGCAGCACAAACAACGACGUCCUCUCCCAUUACAAAUUCUCUCGAACCUCGCGUCGUACGCUGCGACUUCCCUGGCCAGCUAUAUAAUGAUUGCACCUGCACUGAUAUGAGCAUCAGGUACGACAAUGGCGCUAACUCGGCCAAUGGCGCAAACAUGAACAUCACCACCGUCACCCCUGGACAGAACAGUCUAGCGUACACCUGCGAUGCGGAUUUCGUCGAGGUGCACGGAUACACCCUCGUGGUUGGUCCAACGGACGUGGGACCUUAUAAAGGGAGGACCUUGGAAGAGAGGACGGUCAAGGAUGGAGGAGAGUACAAGAUGGACGCUUACACCUUGACAUGCACAGAGGACCACGGUAACUGGUGGGAUUGGAAUUCAGAGUGGUGGAAUUGGGUGUUUUGGUGGCAGUGGGGACACUGUCCUCCUGUGGACACUGCCAAGGAGAAGGUCGUUCAAUGCUCAGUCAAGUACAACGGGAAUGAGUACUGAGGCGGUGGACUGUAGCACGAAGUGGUGCUGGAGCGUCUGUUCAUUGCUAUGCUAAGUGGGCGUGGG